UUUUAGCUUGCCCUCAUUUUGAAGACAAAAAAGUUUCCACAAAUAAAACUUUUAUUAUUAUUUUUAUUUUAUUAUUAUGAUUUUUAUUUAUUUAUUUAAUUAUUAUUUUUAUUUUUUUUUGGGGGGGGGGGGGGGGGGUCAAAUGUCCUUAACUCACUGUCUGCCACAGAUAAUCUAGGUUAAACGUUUAGGUGAAAACAAAAACUUUCAUAAUUUAGGGGGGGUUACAUGCCUCUUACAGUAUUAAUUAUAGAUUUACUUGCCUGUCGGUAAUUUACAGUAAUUAAUAUUUUAAUGACAUACAUUAAUUCAGAGUUAGCCAUGCUAUAACCUUGUUAGAAAGAGACAAAAUACAGAAUAAAGCAGUAUUAAUAUAUCUCACCCCCCUCCACGGUCCCCGAGUGGAACAGUCUAAGGCGCGCUCAGUGAUUUGGCGCCCGUGUCCCCGGCUGGUAUACUGUAAGCAGCUGCAGUAACACUCACUCUACGAGCUUCGUGAGCUUUUUGUGAACAUUAAACCGAUGAGUUUUUCGGACAGUCAUGUCUGAAGAGGAGAGCAAGGUGUCCGAUGAACUCUUUAAAGACGUCAAAUUCUACCUGGUGGGGGACAUCGACCAAAAGGUGAGCCUUAGGACCUUAGCUUCCUCCAGCUAGCUAAGAAGCAUGCUAACCCGCUAACGCCAGUCAGUGUGAAUGAGGAGGAGGAGGAGGAGCACUGAAAGCUAACAGUGUGUUUGAAACUUCGGCUCACUCCCAGGCUGGCGUGUAGCUCAAGUUUACAUGUCAGAGUUUAGAUGAACGUGUUAAUGCUGCGUGACUGUGAUCCCUUUGCGCUCUCUUCUCCUAUGUUUUGACAUUAGCUGCACAGAUGUUAGCUGUUAGCGGUUAGCUCGAAGCCUUCGGUUUAUGCUGUGGUGCCAUUAGCGCUAAAGCUUUUAGUGAAGCUCCUUUUACCCAAAACAGAGGCCCCGUUGGGCUGUUGUUGUUUAAACUUAGUACUGAUGGACUAGAUUAUGUAUGUUGUUAUUCUGCAUCAACCUGUGACCAUCAACACCCUCCUGACCUGCCCAGAGCGCAUGCGCCAUCGCUACUGUGGACCUGUAGCUCACAGCUGCACGUCCUGACAGAUCAUCUCUCUCUCUGUCUCGCUCUCUCUCUCUCUUUCUCUGUCUCUCUCUCUCGCUAUGUUUCUCUCUCUCCCACCCUCCCCUCUCUCUCUCCUCCCCUCUUUCUUCCUCUCUCUCUCUUCCUCUUUUUCUCUCUUGCCCCCCUCUUUCUAUUUCCCUCUAUUUCACCCUCUCUCUUAGUCUCUCUCUCUCCCCUCCCUUUCUCUCUCCCUCCCCCUCUUUCUCCCCCCCCCUCUCCCUCUCUCUCUCUCCUCCUUUCUCUCUCUCUUUCUCUCAAUCUCUCUCUCUCUCUCUUUCUCUCUCUCUCCCUCUCUUUCGCUCUCUCCUCCUCUCUCUCUCUCUUUCUCUCUCUCUCCCUCUCUUUCUCCAUCUACAGUAUACUGUAGAUAUAUGGAAGUAAAACCGAAUCUUAUUCUCCGCAUUUCAUUUCUAAGAAAAUCAGCAAGUUUUGGCCGAUCACUGAUUAAUCUCAAAUGGGCUAAAAUUGGCCGAUCUAAGGUCCUUUCACAUUGGGAGCGUUUAUUUCGUCCGAUUUUUUUCAGAUGUCAAUAUUUUUUUUGAACCCGUAUCCUGUCAAUACAAGCGUUCACAUCAGCGACAUUUUCCUGUCCUGCGAUAUUGCGGCAUUUAUUUUUUCGGAUCAUGGUCGAUUUUUCUAAAAUUUCUGAUACUGUGUGUCCACUUCUGAGCAAUCAGAUUGCGUGUUGUUGCGACGUCUGAUUCACCGGUAUAUCCAACAUGGCCGACCGGCUGAUUGUUUACGUGUCGGAGAACAGAGUGCUUUUUGAUAAAAGACACAAACAUUACAAAGAUAACGACCUGACGGACAACUUGUGGAGAGUCAUAGCGUCUGAUUUCUCAUAUGACGAUGUUUCGUGUGCUUUAACAGUUUGCUAAACGUCUUUCAUCUGUGCUAACGUAAGCUAACGGUUGUUACCAUAGUUUCAUGUUCUUAUCUUAUCGCCUCUGAUUGGCUAUAGGUGCUGACCGUUCGGCUUAAGCGUGUGAUGACGUUUCCAGCUUUUCAAGCCAAUCAGAGGCGAAGGAGGCAGGACUUCCCCCGGAAAAGUCUUCCCCAGGACGCAUCUUUUCGCCCCUGGAAAGUCGCAAAAUUGCAUUGAGCUUGAUGUGUAUAGUCAGGCGCGUCAAAAUUUGCCUCUGAAUAUUUCGUGAUUCCGCGUUCUAUAUUCUUUUCGGCCCCGGUGUGUAAGGACCUUAAAUUGGCUUGCCGAUACAUCGGUCGGGCCCUAGUCGAUAUGUCUAAUGUGUGUAUUACGCUUUGGCUGAUCGUCACUCAUCAUCCUCCAGUCCUGCUAGUACAGGAGUCAGUUUUUUUUUUACUGUCACCGUCUUUCUGUGGUAGAAGUAGAAGCAGGCAGAUACUGGCUAACCCUAAUCCUGUCAGUCUUUUUUCAAUCACAGUAUGUGGUUACAUUUAUAUUGACCUGAAAAAUAAGAGAUAAAGAGGCUGUCCUCCAAAUGUUGUUCUUUAAUAGAAAGGUACGGUGGCCGAGAAUCGCCACUGCUUUUUUUCCAUUGCCACUAUUUUUUUGCAUCGUUAACUUCCAUUGUGUUUUUAAAUUUUUUUUAUCUGCACCGUUUCUUUUUAUUUGCAGCGGGUUUCAGUUUCUUUUCUUCCGUUGUGGCUUCUUUUUUAUUUGCAGCGGUGACGGUUCUCGGCCACCGUAGAAAGGAUUAGGCUGUUUGCUGGAUAAGGACCUGAACACAUCACACCAUUACACGAUCUUUCAAGUUCUACAAAGUGUGUCACUAACUCUGAAUCAUGGAACAACAAUCCUGUCUGUCAAAACAAUCAAAAUAUGAUCAUUAUUGUGCAGCUCUGGAGUAAACCGAGUCUUCAGGGUGGUUCAGGAUGAUGAAGUUGUUAUAUUAGAGACACACAGAAAUCUCUUACACCGCUGCUUUUCAUCUGUCUGGCUGCGUCUGGCUGGUCUUUACAUUCACAGCAGAGAGGUGUCCUGGACAUAAGUGGACGAUGAUAGGUUGACAUCUGCUUGUGUUCCAGGUGGUGCAGCUGUUGAAAGCAGGUAAGGGGAAAGAGGUGUCCUAUAAUGCUCUGGCCACUCACAUUAUCGCAGAGGAUGGGGACAACCCUGAGGUGGGCGAGUCCAGGGAGGUGUUCGACCUGCCUGUGGUCAAGGUAAGAUCUGAACUAAGUGUGUUCACGGCUGAACCCCACCUGAUAGUAGACAGUUUCUCUCUGUACAGCCAACAGCUUUUGUAACCUAUCAUUUACCUACAUGUGCUACUUAAGUACAGCAUAUAGUAUAUGGUCAUUCUGUGGGUCAGUCAGCGAUGGUUAAUCCACAUUAAAGUGGUGGAAACAAAUAUCCACUAUGAACCAGCCUGUGUGUUCUCUGUCUGCAGCCAUCCUGGGUCAUCCUUUCCGUCAGGUGUGGAGAUCUGUUACCGUAUCCUUGAAACAACAAAAUAGUUCCAGAAAAUGUCACUUGUUAUUGUUGUAAUUGUAGAAAAAUUAUACAAUGCUGAUAGAUCAGAUAUAAAAUGACUGGAAGAGCAGUAGUUCUCUCAGCUAAAUCUUCCUUUACAAAAACACCUCAGGGUAACCGGAUUCUCCCCAGAGCCAGGACAGAUAUUCUUUGGUGUGACAGCAUGUCUUCCCAGGGUAAGUCUGUGUGCGUUUGUGUUAAUACUGUGUCAUUUUGAAGGUGUCUGCUCAUCAUCAAAGAACUAUUUCUGUACAAGACAUAUCUUAAAACUACAGUGGCCAACAAGGCCACUGUAGGAGAGGAUCUGCAACAGCUUGAAUGUCUUUUUGUUCGCAGAAAUGUGCUGCAGAUGCUCAAAUAAUGCUAAAUUAAAAACAGAAUUCAUUCAGAAGUCCAAAACAAAGAUUACGGCCAAAACUGGAGGAAACACAGACAAUGUGAAAUCAGUGACACACAAAAUCAGCAGCAGUUGGAAAAGACAAAUGCUCCAAAUCAAGACUUUUAAAUGAAUGUGCUCCGGGCCUGUGGGGUCAAACAAGUUUCUUAUUGAAGAGGGAGAGCAGACACUUGAUUUAAAAUGAAUGUAGCCAGGGUCAGGACACAUGUUCUCAUGUCUACUCAGCCAAAACAGGACAGUUUAAACGUGUAAAUAAAACUGGAUCAACUUUAUUGAGACAUGUUUUCUAAUGGAUGGAAAUCUUUGCUUCAGUAACCACAAAGUGUAGUGCACCUCAGUUAACCAUACCGCUAAUGAUGCUUUAAGAAACCUGGUGUCAAGCUCUACGUUCAGGAGCGCGUUGGUAUUUACAACCACUGGAGCUCCAGACCACGUGGAGUCUGAGAGCCAAAUAAUUUUCCCCUCUACAUUUAUCAGACAAAACAUUUACUCAAGGUCAGCAAGUUUUUUGUUUGUUUGUUUGUUUGUUUGUUUUCUCAUUUAUCAGUACUACUAAUGUUUUAUAGAAAUCACAUUUUCAUACUGUGAUAUUGUGAUUAUGUAUCGGCUAUUUGCUGUUCUGUUAUCUCAUAAUCUGUAUCGGCAUUUAAAAAACUGCUAUCUCGUGCGUUAAGAGAAGUUUGAGUUUUGACAUCCCCACCAUGUCUUUGCCACAACCGGCGUCUGAGCUCAGGCCAGAUUCUCCUGGUGACGGUAAUUUUAGGGUUACUCGCUGAUAUCAGACUGUGCUGCUUGCUCAUCUGACCAACAAGUUCGGGUCUGGUCUUUUCUUCCGUUAUGUCAACAGUAAAGCUGACUGAAUGGAGCCCCUCUGUUUAAAGUCUUGAUUUUCAGUGUUGACAUUUUGCAGUUGUGCUGGGAUUCUAAGUGCUUUUGACAUUUCAUCAUUUGUGUUUUUGCUCCUUAUCUGCAGCACAUUCUGUGUUCAGUUUGAUUUGGACUUCUACUCGUGUUUUUGAAUUUCCAUUGCUUGAGCAUUUGCAGCUUGUUUCUUCGAAUGACAAUCAAUGACACUGUUACAGUUCCUCUGCCCUUUAUUGGCUGCCAUUUCUCCUUCAGUUCGUGUCACCUGAAGAAGAUGCAGCUCCGGUCAAUAAGGGAUCUCUGCUCACCUGUGGGACCCCAUCUGAAAAGCUCAUUGUUAUUCCCUGUGUUUGUGUAAACAGCUUCCAGAUGACCUGAACACGUUGUGGGCGUAUGUGACCUACUAUGGAGGAGAUUGUCAGCUGAACCUCAACAAGAAGGUCACGCACUUAGUGGCGAAGGAGCCAAAGGGGGUGAGUUCAUUCUGUGUGGACCUGGUGUUCUGAUUAUUUCUGGUCUCAUGCUGGUCUCUGAUACUUCACUCAAACAGCUGAUGAAAGCGAAACUCAAUUUCUGACCGUCCUAAUCACACAGCGGGAUUUUGUUUGUUUCUCUUCAGGCGAAGUUUGAGUGUGCUCUGAAGAACCCCAACAUCAAGAUUGUCACCCCAGACUGGAUCACAGACUCUGUGAAAGGUCAGUCCUUUAUCUUGAGUUUCAGUUUGGUUAAGUAGGUGAAGCAGAUCCUUGACAUGUCACAGCUGAUGUAGUGCGACAAUAACUAAAUCGGGUUAUAAUGGAAGCUUGACUUGUCUGUUUUUUCAGAAUAUUUGUCAGUGAAGAACAUUUUUGUAAUUGAAUUUUAUUUCAGUUAGUUUUGUCAACACGUAAUCCUUUUUCAGUGAGUUACCAUUUCUCCAUAAAACCUCAUUUGUUUAUAAAAAAACAAAAAAAAAUUGCCAUUCUUGUUUUUGUUAGAUUUUUCUUUAUGCCUAUAACUUUGAUUCACACUCACUCAGACACACACAGAUUGCUGUUCUGCCCUGUGUUCUCUGUAGGCUCACUUCCACAUCAUCUGGCCCUAGCAAUGCCCCCCUAGUCUAGAUGCUGACACCCCCUUCUCACACCAUCACUCUAAUGUCACAAUCACACCCAGCGAAAUAAAUUCUACUCGCUCAAUUCCCGCGUAUCUCAUGCGAAUGUUGGGUAUCUAUUCGCUUGUUUCAUGAGAUUGAGUCCCUUAAUUCAUGUGUCUGCAGAGAGCCCAAACACAUAGAGAGAAAUAGAGGAGGGGUUCCUACAUAUUAAUACAAUACAGUUAUAUAAGACAAGAACUUUAUUUAUCCUCUAAGGGAAAGGGAAAUGUUCAAGAUCAGUUAUUGAUUAUGAGUUGAAAAAUGUUGAUUUUUCUCCUGACUUGAACAAUACCAGAUGCUUUUCCCCCUGGAAAUCACAUAUUUUCAACAACAACACUGUAAGUGAUUUAAUUACCAUACUGUGUGACUACAACAUAGAGGCAUCCAAAGGGCUUAAUAUGCAAAAUAUGUAGCUAAUAACAUAAUGAUCUCUGCAGAUACAGUCGUACAAAGCAAGGUUCAAACUACUGAACCUUGAAUGCUGCAAAAAAAGGAAAAUAUUUCUUGGUGUCCAGUUUUCUGCAUACUUGUUCUUCUUGAGAACAAUAAGGACGUCCAUGACCAGUUCAAAAAAUCAGUCCAGUGGCAGAAAACACGCGGAUAUUGCUGGUACGCAGGUUUGAGCGGCUUCUGCCAAUCUGUUAAAACUGUCUACCCUUAACAUUUCACCAGCCUGACUAUUUAGUAUCUAAAGAUGGAGUUAUGGCCUGUUCAAAUUCUCAGGACUCAGUGGUGGCUGUGGUGCUUGUCAGAAUGAGGUUGUGGAGCAUUCAUCUGUAGGCUUGUGUGUAAGUCCAAAUAAACCCUGCCUCAUGAGCUGGGUGAGGUUCAUGUAAACAUAAAAUCAGAAACACUCUCUGCUCAGGGUGAACUGAGAGGAAGGGAAAUAACUGGGUUGAUGUAGAAACAGAGGGACUAAUAAUCUGUCUUUGAUCAGACUUCAGCUGGUGACUCAGUUUUCCUCUUUAACAGACAAAAGCAGGAAGGAUGAGGCACUCUAUCACCCCAGACUCACCUAUGUCGAGCCCGAGGAGGAGGAGGAGAGCGAGGCGGAGUCCUAUGAACACUCAGAAGGAAGCUACAGCCCCCGGCGGUCACGGCCGUCCAGUGGGGACUCGUCCGGCGAGGAGUCUAGCCCACGGAGGAGACCGGGACCUAAAAAACUGAAUUCCCUCUCCCCAUCCUCCCCACGUAAACCUGAGCGCCGCAGUGAGCGCAUGUUUGACGAUUCUGAUGACGACUCACCCGCAGAGAAGGAGGGAACUAACCUCAACUGGACCCCUGCAGAAGUCACCACUCCCACCCCACCUGUUCCCACAGGUACAGCCAGGAGGCGGGCAGGACCCCCUGGCACCAAGGACCCAGUGCCAUCCUCAGGAAGUGGACUGAUAAACCUGUGUGCCACUGUGCCUCCUGUACCAGGCAGCGGAGGAAACAUGGCUGCAGAGGCUCGGGCUGCUGCUGCUGUCAGUCACAGUGCACAGCAAGGUUAGUGUGAGAAGAAAGAACUAAUCCACAACACAAAGUGGAUUUGGAAGAGUUAUAAGGUCCUUUCACACCGGGACCGUUUUUGUCAUGCCAUUAUUUCGGAAGUCAAUAUUUUUUUUCGAACCCGUAUCCUGUCAAUACAAGCGUUCACAUCAGCAACGUUUUCCCAUCCUGUGAUAUUGCAGCAUUUAUUUUUUCGGAUCAUGGUCGAUUUUUCUAAAGUUUCGCAAACUGUGUUUCCACUUCUGACCAAUCAGAUUGAGUGUCGUUGUAUCGUCAGAUUCACCGGUAUAUCCAACAUGGCCGACCGGCUGAUAGUUUACGUGUCGGAGAUCAGAGUGCUUUUUGAGAAAAGACACAUUACAGACAACAUUACAAAGAUAACGACCUGAAGGACAACUUGUGGAGAGUCAUAGCGUCGGAUCUCUCAUAUGACGAUGGUUUGUGUGCUUUAACAGUUUGCUAAACAUCUUUGUUUUAACUUUCAUCUGUGCUAAUGUAAGCUAACGGUUGUUACCAUAGUUUCAUGUGCUUAUUUUAUUGCCUCUGAUUGGCUAUAAGUGCUGACCAUUAGGCUUGGGCAUGUGAUGAUGUUUCCAGCUUUUGUAGCCAAUCAGAGGUGAAGGAGUCGGGACUUUCCCCCGGAAUAGUCUUCCCCAGGAUGCAUCUUUUUCCCCCGGAAAGUCGCAAAAUCGGAUUGGGCUUGAUGUGUAUAGUCAGGCGCAUCAAAAUUCGCCUCCGAAUAUUUAGUGAUUUUGCGUUCUAUAUUCGUGUUGGCCCCGGUGUGUAAGGACCUUUAGUCCAAGUGUUGUUCAAAACAGAAUGAAAUGGUUUUCAAAUAAUUUCAAGACCUUUUUUAACUGAAAGUGCACAACAACAGACCAGAAGAUAAAACUGAAAAAUAGGCAAAUUAAAUUUGAAUUUCACCUUAGUAACAUGUUUGUAAAAAGUACUUCCAGGCUCGUGUUCAUGUCAGUGUGCUUCAUCAGUAGGGCCGGGACGAUAGGCUUUUCUCCCGAUCCGAUUCUUCUACGAUUUUUUGGAUGCUGAUUCGGUUUAAAUUUUGAUUCUACAAUAUUGUCGAUUUUCUAGAUUUUUAGUCUGCAUUUUUAACACCAGCGAAACAGUUGAACGACUAUAAUCGCCCACUGACUAUUCCAGGAACCAUAUUUCCUCAAAGAAUACACAUCACGUUAGUCAGCUGUUAAGACUUAGGCUGUGUCCGAAAUGGAUCCCUAACCCCUAGAAAGGCGACUACAUGGGGGUUGGCGCCAUUUUGAGGGGUGUCCGAAACCUCAGUGAUCAAUUCCAAUGCCCCAUAUAGGUGACUCAAAAUUUCCAAUAAAGCAUUGCAAAAUGUAGUGACCAUCCGAUGGUCACUCACCGGUGGUGGGCAUCCCGUCAUGCAUUGUGUCUCCAGCGGAAGAUGAGAAAGAGACAAAACCCGAGCUCUAUUUGCCAUUUUCAGCAUACAUUUCUUAUCUUCACAUUCUCACUUCACUCGCAAGUGAUUCGUACAGUUUUUGAAAAACAAUUGUUUGCUGCGUCAUAUAGUCUUGUGCACAAUAUGAUGCAGCAAACAAUAUUCGGCAUGGAAAUAUAAGGCCUUUCAAAUAAAUUAUUAUUUCAUUGUUUUUUUUUAUCUUUUUAUUUAUUAUUAUUGUUUUUAUUUCCCGAACAUCCUAGAAAAAAAACAAACAUCUAUACAGCAUCAUAAAAUUCUCGAGAUGUGAAAACAUCAGCUGCAACUUCAGAUGCGGCAGUCUGAGCAGUGACGUCACAGCAGUGCGCCAUGUAGUGUCCGAAACCUCCGGUCAUUUAGCUCACUACAUAGUCAGCUAUAUAGUGAAACCCCAUAUGGGGGUUAGGGGUUAGGGAUUGAGUGAUUCAUUUCGGACACAGCCUUAUUCUUAAAUUUGUUAUCAAGCUCUGUAAUGACUUAAUAACGAGCUAAUCAUUUGAAUCAGGUGUGUUGGAGCAGGGAAACAUCCAAAACAUGCAGGACAGUGGGCCUCGAGGACUGGACUUGAGAACCACUAUGUUAGAAUUACACAGUUUUUUUAAUCAGUUUGGCUGUUCAUCCAACAAUUUUUUUGAAACGUGUUUUCCAAACACUUGAAUGACCAAAACUCUGUUUUUGUCAUCAUUUUACACAGCUUCCCAACUUUUCAGGAAUUGAGGUGUCUUUAGUAAACUGCCACACAAUCACUCAGUUCACCUGAAAUACAUUUAUGUAAGAACUCUGAUUGGUGUUAAUUGAUGAGCUCAAUGUCCCGCUGCUAAAGUUGCGUCCUCUCUCUGCUGUUCAGGUGUUCCAGGUCCAGAUGGCCUCGCUGGAUGGAGUCCUGCAGCUAGAACUCUCCGAAACAUCACCAACAGCUCAGACAUGCAGCCAACCAGCCGCCCUGCAAACGCAGCACAUGUAAGAGAGCAGAGCAGGUCAAAUGACCACUUCUUCCUUUCUGCUGUCUGGGUGCACCUGACAUCUCUGACAACAUUAUGUUGCUGAACUUUAACUUGAAUUAAAAAGGACAUUUUGAUCAUUCAUUAAUUUUCUCUUCUUUUCUCCUCCUGCAGAUACUCCAGAAUCUCACAGCCAAUCAGACAAAGCCACUCGAGCAGCAGACCAAUCAGAGCCAUGCCCAGACCCCUAACAGUACCAACCCCCUCCUCUUUUGUCAGCCCAAACCGGGUGGCCAGCCCCUUACAGCCGAGCAGCAGCAACAGUUACUGCAACAGCAACAGUCCCACCAGGCUGCUCAGCAACAACACCAACAGUUACCACAGCAACCACAACAUCCCAUGAUGCACCUGCAACAACAGCAGCAUCAAAUGAUGCAGCUUCAUCAUCAACAGCAGCAACAUCAACAGCAACAGCCACAGGCGGCGCAACAACCAGGUUUCUCACAGCUGCCUCAACAGCAGCAACAGUUCCUGCAGCAGCAGCAAAUGCACCAACAGCAGAUGUUUUCCCAGCAGCAGCAACAACAGCAGCAGCAGCAGCAGCAGCAUCCAUUUCCCCAGCAGCAGUUGCGGCCCCAGCAACUCCUAAGGCCGGGUCUACAACAGCUUCAGCAACAACAGGUGCUGCAGCAACAGCUCCAGCAGUUUCAACAGCAGCAGCGCAUGCAGAUGUUACAACAACAGCAACAACAACAACAUCAGAAUCAGCAGCAGUUACACCAACAGCAUCUACAGCAGCAGCAGCAGCAGCAGCAGCAACAACAACAGCAGCAACAUUUUCUGCAACAACAACAACAACAGCACAUGCAGCAGAUGCAGCAGCAGCAGCUGCAAAACCAGCAGCAGCUGCAGAACCAACAGCAGCAGCAGCAGGUUCUGCAGCAGAACCAGCAGACCCUGCAGCAGCAGCAGCAGACAACACUACAUCCUCAGAUCCAGCAGACUCCACAUAUCUCCCAGCUGUUUGGACAUGAGCCGGGACAAGACAGUGAGUAUCAAUCGACUCAGUCACUGCAGAAUGGUUGAUUUGAUUUCGCUCACCUGUAUAAUGUCUUUGUUGCCGCAUUCAGUUCCUCAGGAUGGCUUCCUGCUGGGUUGUGUGUUUGCAAUUGCUGAUUACCCGGAACAGAUGGCUGACAAACAGCUGCUGAGCACCUGGAAGAGGGUGAGACCUGCACUCUUAUGCUCAGAGGAGCCUAAGCGUCACUCAUGAUGUAACAUGAUCAGAGCUUAUCACAUUUGACAUGUCAUGAACAAAAACAGCUGAGCAUCAAAUAUAAACAAACUGAUGACAAGGUGCACAUGAUCCCCCAGGUGAUCCAGGCAUGUGGAGGGGCUGUGGACCCCACCCUGACCAGCCGCUGCACACACCUGCUAUGUGAGAGUCAGGUCAGCAACAUGUAUGUUCAGGUAAGUGAGCUAGACAUCCAACAAAGGUAGAGGACAUGUGCAGUGCAGUCUCCUGUUUGUGAUCCUUGUAAGUGGAGGCAGAGGAUCUAUGCUGUGAUGCACACAUGGUGUAUGCUCCUCCAACAGAUUUAUUAUCUAAUGCCAUGAUUCCCCUGGAUCAUCUGUAACCAGGUGCUUCUGUCUGUGUUCUUACCUAUGACAGGCCCUCAGGGAGGGGAAACGCUGUGUGACGGCUCACUGGUUAAACACAGUUCUGAAGAGGAAGAGGAUGAUCCCUCCUCAUCGGACUUUACAUCUGCCCUUUGCCUUCCCACCCGGAGCUAAACCCUGUUCACAGCACGUAUGUAUACCUGUCACCAUUUUGUACCGAGUCUCUGUAAAGAUCAUUCAAACUUUAAGCAACUUAAACAUAUCCCAGAUGUAAGAGUUGUAUGAACAGUGGAUAUAAAAAGUCUACACACCCCUGUUCAACUACCAGGUUUUCGUGAUGUAAGAAAAUGACAGCAAGAAAUAUUUUCACAACCUUUUCCACCGUUAAUGUGACCUAUAACCUGUACAAUGCAAUUGAAAAACAAACUGAAACCUUUAAGGAGCAAAAAAAAAAAAUAGAAAAGUUAAAAUAACCUGGUUGCAUAAAUAUUCAUAAAUAUUGAUGUGGCAAUAUUUGCCCACUCUUCUAUGCUAAACCGCUCCAAAUCUGACAAAUUGCGAGGGCAUCUUCUGUGCACAGCCCUCUUCAGAUCACCCCAUAAAUGUUUUUGAUGGGAUUCAGGUCUGGACUCUGGCUGGGCCAUUCCAAAGUCUCAAUCUUAUUCCGGUGAAGCCAUUCUUUUGUUGAUUUAGAUGUGUGCUUUGGGUCAUUGUCGUGCUGAAAGAUGAAGUUUCUCUUCAUCUUCAGCUUUCUAACAGAAGGCUGAAGGUUUUGUGCCAACACUGACUGGUAUUUGGAACUGUUCAUAAUUCCCUCCACCCUGACUAAGGCACCAGUUCCAGCUGAAGAAAAACAGCCCCAAAGCAUGAUGCUGCCACCACCAUGCUUCACUGUGGGUAUGGUGUUCUUUUGGUGAUGAGCAGUGUUGAUUUUGCGCCAAAUAUACCUUUUGCAAUGAUGCCCAAAAAGUUCAACUUUGGUUUCAUCAGACCAUAACACAUUUUCCCACAUGCGUUUGGGAGAUUUCAGAUGUCUUUUUGCAAAAUUAAGCAGGGCUUUGAUGUUUUUCUUUGUAAGAUAAGGCUUCCAUCUUACCACCCUACCCCAUAGCCCAGACAUAUGAAGACAGCGGGAGAUUGUUGUCACAUGUACUACACAGCCAGUACUUGCCAGAAAUUCCUGCAGCUCCUUCAGUGUUGCUGUCGGCCUCUUGGUAGCCUCCCUGACCAGUUUUCUUCUUGUCUUAUCAUCAAUUUUGGACGGACGUCCUGUUCUUGGUAAUGUCACCGUUGUGCCAUAUUUUCUCCACUUGAUGAUUACGGUCUUUACUGUGUUCCAUGGUAUAUUUAAUUCCUUGGAAAUUCUUUUGUAGCCUCACCUGACUGAUAUCUUUGAAUAAUGAGAUCCCUCUGAUGCUUUGGAAGCUCUCUGUGGACCAUGAUUUGUGCUGGAAGAUGUGGCUACAAAAACGUCAGGAAAAGCAACUAGAACAGCUGAACUUAAUUUGGGGUUAAUCAGAGGCACUUUAAUUAGUGACAGGUGUGUGCUGACUCCAAUUUAACCUAAGUUUGAAUGUUAUUGGUUAAAUCUGAACACAGCCACAUCCCCAGUUAUUAAAGGGUGUGCACACUUAUGCAACCACAUGAUCUCAGUUGUUUAUUUUUACUUCACCUCCCUGAAAGAUUUCUGUUUGUUUUUUAAUUGUGUUAUACAGGUUAUAGGUCACAUUAAAGGUGGAAGAAGUUGUGAAAUUAUUUAUCUUGAUGUAACUUUUUUACAUGACAAAAACAUGGCAGUUGAACAGGGGAGUGUAGACUUUUUAUAUCCACUGUAUACCUGUCACCAUUUUGUACCGAGUCUCUGUAAAAAUCAUUUAAACUUUAAGCAACUUAGACAUAUUCCAGAUGUAAGAGUUGUAUAUAAGUGUGUAUCAGCAUGUUGUCAUAUCUUCUCUCUCUGUCUCAGAUCAUUUCGGUGACGGGGUUUGUGGAUGCAGAUAGAGAUGACCUUAAGCUGAUGGCUUACCUGGCUGGAGCAAGAUACACCGGAUACCUCUGUCGCAGUAACACUGUGCUCAUCUGUAAAGAGUAAGGCCCUGAUAUCUACCAAAUGCUGCUUCUGAUGUUUUCACUGCCACUUUCUUGGUUGACUGAUCUGUGGUUGUCCGUGCUCAGACCCGGCGGGAUGAAGUACGAGAAGGCGAAGGAGUGGAAGAUUCCGAUUGUGAACGCUCAGUGGCUGUGUGACAUCCUGCUGGGGAACUUUGAGGCUCUCAGACAGAUCCAGCACAGCAGAUACUCGAACUUCACCCUGCCAGAACCUCUGGUACCAAACCCCCAGCUGGUCCAGAACCUUCUUGGUAUGCUUACUCAUCAUCUAGGAUUAAAGACAGUCACCUGAUAUAUAAUAAAGAGAGUUUUAUUCUACCCUUAAAUACUUCAAACAAUGUGGAGCUGAGGAGACAACACAUUAAGAACACUUGAACCAGACGCUCAAUAGUCCUUAUUUUGAUAUAGACAGCUUUAUUCUCACAACUGUAUGAUUUCAUAUGUGUUAUAAAUGUUUUCUAUGUGUGAUUUACAUCUUUUGACCUAAAGUAACAUCAGAGCUGAAGGGACAGCAGUGAUUUAUGGAGUCAUGUAGUUUUACUGCUGAAGUAUUGAUUAGUUUAAUGUCUUUUUCUCUGCAGCUGCGUGGAGAUCUCCCAUCAAAGUUUCUCCUGAAUCUUUGGUGGUAAGUCUCGUCAGAUUGUCUACCGUUUGUGGUGUCAGAAAAAAGAUCAGGAAUCGAUCAGACAUUAGUUAGUUGUUGAUCAGCUGUCUCUGUUUGACUGAUCCUGUGGCAUGUUUGUGUGUGUGUGUUCAGAGUCUGCAGCUGCUGCACAAACAGAGGAUCAGUGACUCCAACCAGCCUGCUAACAAGAAGGCCAGGUGAGUGACACACUGAGCUGGUACUGUACACGCUAGUUAAAUAUGGAGGAGGUUCAGAAGUGUCAAAAUGUGGUUACACUGUUGAUUCCUGUGGUUGGGCUGUUGUGGUAACCUCAGAAAUAAAGUACAACAAUAUCAACAAGCCAUUCACAGAGCAUUGUAGGCUACUGAACAGCUACAGUUGUGAUGUCAGUUUACCCCAACUCAUGUUUGUGUCAGGACAUUUUGGCUUAGAACCAAAUGAAAAAUGAGAUUCAACUAAUAUAAGUGAGGUAAAAUGUGAAUUUAAGGCUGAAAAGAUUCCCUAGCCUUCACCCGAGCCUCCAGAUAUAAUACUGACAUUGACCGACACAAACAUCUUACAAACGCUGUCACACAGUGUGUGGAUGAGGAGAUGGAGGCGAAGAAACUGACAUUCAGUCAGACAAGAAAUACGAGUUUCACACAGAAAACAAACGGAGAAACCAAAAAUCUAACAUGAGCCACCUUCCUCUGUGCUGCUGCUCUACUGUCCUCUGCUGACUGAUAUCUGUUCAUCUGUGUGUGUUUGUGUGUGUUAGACUAGAGGAGGUCCAGUCUCCCGGUAAGAAGCUCCCUCCAGAGUCCACUCCUCGAGUCAUGUUCACAGGCUUUGAGCCCACACAGGUGCAGCAGUACACAAAGGUAAACACACACACACAUACACACACACACUUAACCUAAACAGUAGGUGACACACUAGCAGCUUUUACAUGGGCACAAAUAAUCAAAAUAAAUGCCCGAUCAGAAUGAAAAAGCGUCGUCCGGUCGAGAGGCAUGGUAUGCCGAUCGUCAUUUCGGAACGUGUCCAUGUAAAUACUUCUUCUGAACAUGACCCUCUUACCUGACUCGAUCUUCACUCUUUAUUUAUUGAGGUCAGUACAGUAGGUUUCAUUUUUAACACUCUGGCAUAUAAAACACAACCACAGGUGCCACGCCUGCUCCUCCAAGAACAUAACAAGGCAUACCAUCCAUCCAUCCAUCCCUCCAUUUUCUACCGCUUAUUCCCGCUUAUAGCCUGUCUCAGCAUCUUCAGGCAAAGGCAGGGGACACCCUAGACAAGUCGCCAAGUCAUCGCAGAAGGGCUGACAUAUAGAGACGAACAACCAUCCACGCUCACAUUCACACCUACGGGCAAUUUGAAAGUGGCCAAUUAACCUAACCCCACUUCUGCAUAUUUUUGGGAUGUUCCCGGAGUAAACCCACGCAGACACAGGGAGAGUAUGCAAACUCCACACAGAAACUACCUGAACCGGAUUCGAACCGGAUUGAAUUUCUCUUAGGGGAUUAAUAAAGUUCUUCUUAUCUUCUUGCUGUGAGGCGACAGGACUAACCACUACACCACUGUGUCGCCCCAAGAAGGCGUACAUACAGGUUGAUUAUGUCACAUCUGCCCACACAGCGCAACCUUUGACAGGACAGUAAAAUAAAUAAACAAGGGCGCCAUCUAGUGACAACAUUUAACAGGGGGGGGAAAUCCUGAGUUGGAUGAAGUGAGCCACUACCAUGUUGGUUGGUUUGUUGACAGCACAGGCGUCAAUACAACUCUUCUUCUGCUGUUGUUUUAGCGUACUCAGAGAACUCUGUGCAUGUCCAAAUGCUUCUAAUCUGAAUAAAACUCGGUGCAUGUAUACACACGUCAUGAUCAGCUGAUAGUAUGACUACAGCAAGUGUGAGUUCUUUACCCUCUGACUUAAUGAUGUUGACUCAGUGUUCAGACAGAUGUAAGUAAACAGACUUGGCUCCAACACACACUGAAACCUCAGAGUCACUCAUGUGAUGCAGAUCAUUGAAGAGGUGUGUGUUUGUGUUUCUGACUGUGCGCCAGUGUUUCUCACUCUGUGUGUUUGUCGCUGCAGAGGUUGUACUCGCUGGGAGGGGAGGUGACGGACUGCAUUCAGAAGGUGACUCACCUGGUGAGCAGUAAGGUGACUCGCACUGUGAAGUUCCUGACGGCCAUGUCUGUGGUCAAACACAUCGUGAGCCCCGAGUGGCUAGAGGAGAGCUGGAGGAGUCACAAGUUCAUCGGUAAAGCUGUGUGUGUGUGUGUGUGUGUGUGUGUGUGUGUGUGUGUGUGUGUGUGUGUGUGUGUGUGUGUGUGUGUGUGUGUGUGUGUGUGUGUGUGAGAGUGUGUGUGCAGAGUAGUGUUUGUGUUUGUCAGAUUCUGCAAAAAGUGUGAAUCAAAGGAAAGUUCAAAGAUUUGUUCUAAAUGUAUAAAUGAGGGUAUUUUAUUUUAAUCUAAAGGGGCUUUUAUCACUGCUGAAAGAUGUCAAAUUUAGGACUUGUGUUUCUUAGGGCUCAGUUAUGUAGAAAAUAAAGUCCUGCACAGUUUAAUGGUCACAGAACUCAUAUUUCCAUGCACACUUUGCUUUGGAAAGGAUGUUAUGCAGUAAAUCUGCUGGAUGGUGCAGAUAACACUGCGAAGUUACUAUGAAGAAUGCGGCGAAAAGGUAGAAUAAUACAAAUACAAAUACCAAGAAUACCAAGAAGGAGAACACAAAGAAGAAGAAGGAGAAUGCAGAGAAUAUGAAGAAGAAGAAGAAGGAGAAUAGGAAGAAAAAGAAUACGAAGAAGAAGACGGAGAAUAGGAAGAAGAGGAAUACGAAGAAGAAUGCAAAGAAGAAAACGGAGAAUAGGAGGAAGAAGAAUAUGAAAAUGAAGAAUACAAAGAACAAUAUGAAGAAUACAAAUAAGAAUAUGAAGAAUAUGAAAAGGAGGAAUAUUAAGACGAAUACAAAGCAUACGAAGAAGAAGAAGAAUACGAAGAAGAAUGCAAAGAAGAAAACGGAGAAUAGGAAGAAGAAUACAAAAAUGAAUACAAAGCAUAUGAAGAAGAAUAGGAAGAAGAAGAAUAUGAAGAAUAAAAAGUAAAUACGGAGAAGAAUACAAAGAAUAUGAAAAAGAAGAAUCCAAAGAAUAGGAAGAAGGAUAUGAAGAAUACGAAGAAGAAAAAUACAAAGUAGAAGAAUACAAAGAAUAUGAAGAAGAAUUCAAAGAAGAACUACUUCCCUUAAGUGUUUUUCAUCGUCUAUGGUCUGAAUCACUGGCUUGACUGACCCCGUAGUUUCCAGUUGUGCUGCAGUGUAUGGCCCAUAUCUUAAAGAUUGCAGAAAAUCUACAGAGUAAACUGAAGGCAGUGUACAAAUGUGAGGCUCCAUCUUUGUUUGUAUGCAUAUCUGACAUAAAGCAUAAAUUGGCCCUCAUGCUGUGUUAACUUAUGGGAGUGGGUGAUAAAACUAGACUGUGAUGAAACCUUCAAGAUUCUUUUUUGAUUAUAGAACAUGGAUAUGGGAAAUGUGUAAGAGACACUGUUUUUGUUUCGCCGUGUUAAGUAAACUGAGGUCCAGCCGUUAGUGAGUGAGGAUGAGAAGCUGCUAAUGUAAAAAUGAAAUGGUGAACAUCUGGGUAAAUCAAUUUUUAUACAAACCCUUGAUGAUCAGAGUUGUGAUGUGUAACCUUUUCUCACUGUGUGUGUUUGCAGAUGAGCAGAAUUUCACUCUAAGGGAUGCAGAGGCAGAGGUUUUGUUCAGUUUCAGUCUGGAGGAGUCUUUAAAGAGAGCUCACAGUACCCCCCUCUUUAAGGUAAGGCCUGCACCUGGGGAUAGGCCUGUCACGAUAACAAAUUUUGCUGGACGAUAAUUGUGCUACAAAUUAUUGCCGAUAAACGAUAUUAUUGGCACCGUUUUUUGAAUUAUAGAAAAUGAUAAUAUAUGGCAUAAUAAUGCUAGUACACCAUGUCAAAAGUGAUAAACUUUAAUUUCCGCUGUCUGUCAGCGCGCACCAUUUUGCGGUGUUUUGUUUAUAUUUGCUUUGCUUACCAAACGCUUCAGUAAGCGGUACCUGUCGGGACGAUGGCUCCGCAGCACCUCCGGCGGUACUUUUUUUGCUCAGUUGGGAAAAAUGGAGGGGAUGAUUGUGCUUGAGGUGCGCAUGCAUGUUCGUCGUAUUCCCCUUCUUUGUCACCACAACUUUGGAACAAAUACGACAUAUCGGCUCGUCCGUAUUUGUGGGCUCACCUCUUUCAUUUGGUUUAAAGCCGAAAUAUUCCCACACUUGGGCUGUUGCGUUCGAUUUAGACACCAAAGCUGUCGUGUUCAUUCUGUUUGCUUGCUUUUCACUCACGACGCUCACUUGCAGCACUGUAUCCAAAAGUCUGUGUCUGUGUGCCUGUGCGCGCCAGCCCCCUCGUGACAAAGACACUGAAUGACUGACAGGAGGGUUCACUAACUCCGUUCAUUCCGCUAUAGAGCCAACGCCCCCAGGUGCCGAGAAAAAUGCGCAGAGUGAGACCUCUUCUCUCAUGACAAAAAAAAAAAGAAAGCAGACUAUAGGUUUCACCGUUAAAUCAAAAUGUUAUUUAGUCUCUGAUAACAGAAACAGAUGUAUGUCACCUUCAGUGAGGGUCAAAAAUAAUCAAACAAAAAUGCUAUUAUUACAGCGUUUCUGGCAUACAUUGUGUUUAACUAAAGGGUGACCGUAUUCUGAAUCCCCAAAAAGAGGACACUACGCAGGGCUGACUUGUGUGCGGAAUUCUUUUUUUUUUGAAAGGUUGAGUGUUUUAUAUGCGCUUUUAACUCCAUUAAAUUCAUAUUCUGAAUUCCCAAAGACAGAAGUGCAAGCUGCGUCGCGUCGGUGGCUAAAGUGAUUGGAGGGGCAGAGCUUCAGGGAGCAUUGAUGCGCUGCACUGUUUUAUAAUCAAUGGAUACAUGUUCCUUGGGCAUUUUAAAGAUUUUAUAAACUCCCCCGGACAGCCCCCCAAAAGAGGACAUGUCAGGGUAAAAAAGGAUGUAUUGUAACACUAACAUACAUACCUUCAAUGCCAUGCUGAGACGGAGCAGCAGCGACUGACGAACUGGUGUUGUUAACAGGUGUUGUGCAGUAGAAUGCACCCCUGCCGUAGAAUGCAUCCCCUGACGGGAGGGCAGUUGAAAGUACAUAACAAGGCGAGUUUCUUUUACCAUUGGAUGGAUUCAAAAGCGCCUGCCUUUAAUAAGUACAAGUCCUCUGAUUUUGAAUAUUUGCUGUCAUGAAAAUAUAAUGUUUAUACACCCAAGUACACCUCUGUGUGCAUUUUAGAGAGACAUAAAAACAGAACGAAAAUUUGCUGCUCAAUUUGACAUAUUGUCAUGAUCCAAUACUCAUGUUUUUUUUUUUUUUUUACAUAUGAUAUAAUUUUCUUCCACUUUAAGGAGCUAAUGAGUGGAUGGGAUGCAGGGGCUGCAUUCUCUUGCAGGGGUAUGGGGUUCUAUGGCAUAACACCGGUGGAAAGCAUUGAAUACAUGUGACUCCUUAUAUUUGAUGCCGUGCCACGUUUGACAAAUGUUUAAGUAUGUUUCUGGCGUUUCCACCUUUGCAUGUUAUCACUGCUCGACAAAUGUUACACUGUUGUCGUCUUUCUCAGUAAAAUUAAGCCACUCUUUAGCUCGUUUCUGCCUACUUUUCAUACCGCCUGCCAUGUUGUUUUCUCUGUCUCUGUUCCCGUUCGCGUAGACUGGCACUCGCUAGAGUGUUUUUAAACGCACCCAGAAAAAAGGAAUCAUUAAGGGAAUCGUUGAGAUAAAAUGUAAAUGAUGGAUUGAACUAUUUGGAACCUGUUCUCGAUUCCUAUCCCUACUCUGUUGAGAUACAGAGGGUACCGAUUCGACCCGAAACUGAAAAAUGAUGGAGUGAGAGGAGGGAGGACAGGUCAUCCUGAAUUAUUUCUCUCCAAACCUGAUGUUAUUUAAUCUGUGCAUUGUCACUCUGUUUAUGUAUGUUUUUAUUCACACCAAGACAUGUUUUUGAUCUCCAUGUUAAUGGAUGCAAAGGGUGAAAGAGAUCACAAAAGACAAAAUAUUUCUUCUGCAAUGAUCUUAUUCAAUAAUCAACAGCUUACCUGCUGCCAGUGGGAUUCAUGACAACUUUUAAAAAAACUUUUUUAAUGACCAUAGAGAGCUUUGAAGUUACCUCUUAGACUUAGGUUUUCACAUCCAAAUAAAAGCACUAUGUAAAAACAAGGGAGUGUCUGCUCAGAAGAAACAGAUCUGGGUUUUGGUCAGAAAAUCGUUCACUGAGUACGAUCACAGUAUAUUUAUUUAUAGAUGGAGUAUAUUUUGGAGUGACGGAUGGUGCAGACUUGAUACAGCUCUCAGUUUAUCUUUUUUCGGUCUGUUUUUUUGGCUGAAAUCUCACACUGGUGGCAUGAGCAGCAAAUCUCUGAACUGUCUGGUAUCAAAAGUCAAGUGUUCAAAUGUGUCACACAGUCAGCAUGAUCCUACAUGCGGGCCCCUGUUAGGGUUUGCUGUUGAAAGGCGAUACACACAAGAUCAGGUUUAUUGGUCAGCAUCAUUAGCCUGUUUUAAAUAUACUAAGUCUUUGUGCGUCUUACCUGCAGGGGAAGCUCUUCUACUUGACCCCGGGCGUGUGUCCCAGUCUGAGCACCAUGAAGUCCAUCCUGGAAAGUGCUGGAGGAAAGCUGCUGUCCAAACAGCCUUCAUACAGGAAGAUCAUGGAGCACAAGCAGAACAAGGUCCUGGAAAGUCCUGGAAUCACCUUUUUUUAAAAUAUAAAUAACAUCUGAUUUUUAUGAUUGUUUUGAGAUCAAAUAAGUAGGGCCUAAUAUGGACCGAUAUAGAUUUUUUGGGGCCAAUACCGAUUAUUAUGGGGGAAAAAAAUCCAAUUACUGAUUAAUGGGCCGAUUUUUAGCUUUGAGGUAGUCAGUGGAUGAAGACUGUCAUGAGGUCACUGCGCCAUCUACAGGAUAAGUCGGUGAACUUUUCAAAAGGUGGAACCAUAGACUGUAUUUCCUAUGGACAACUUGGUUCUGCCUCCUGCCUGUAUAUGGAUUUGAAGCCAAGAAGCUCUCUGUAUUUCCAGGAUUUUUCUUCAUUUCCUGAAACCAGCGCUGCGCAGUAGCGAUGCGCGCAUUCGGCCGUGCAGUCACCAAGAGUUGCUGUGAUGACGCUCGGCUCAAACAGCGUAUCCCCCUGGGAGAGCUAUGCAAUCCCUGAACGCCAAUAGGCUGUAUCAGGUGUCAAUCAUUGAAAACAUGAACCCCCUAAUAACUUUUAAAAAUGGAACUUCACAGAAAAAAGAGGACUUGAGCACAAACCAGUCUGACAAUAACUACAUGUCAACAUCACAAGCAGGGGGGAGAAAAAUGUAUGUUCUGUGUUAUAGAUUUCUAAAGUUUGUCCACAGCUCCAUAAGCUUUGCUGGCGGAGGCGGGAUAUAUGAUCUAUACUACAGCCCGUCAACAGAGGAUGCUGUUCUCAGAGUGGCUUCACCCAGCAAGGAGGCAGACUCUGUCCAUUCUUUAUACAGUCUAUGGGCGGAACAUUUUCAAAGUGAAACUGAAUCUCCGCAUUUUAUUUCUGAAAAUAUCGGCGAAAAAUCAGCAACUUUUGGCUGAUUACAGAUUAGUCUCAAACGGGCUAAAAUUGGCCGAUUUACCAGCUCCUCGAUAAAUCUGUCGGGUCUGACAAAUAAAUGUGAACCCAAGUCCUCCCAGCUGACGACACCCUCAAAAUAAAAUCCAAUGUUAGGACGAACAAAAUCGUCUAAUCAGCUGUUUUUAUUUUUAUGUCUGUAUUCCUGAAAACAUGUUUGACUCUAAUUGCAGAACCUCCCAGAGAUCAUUUUAAUCUCCUGCGACAAUGACCUACACCUGUGCAGAGAGUACUUCAUGAAGAACAUAGGUAACACACACACACACACACACACACUUAGAACCUGUGUUCUAUAUGAACUUGCAGCAGAUGAUGAUGAUGAUGAUGUUGUUUGUGUCUCUAUUGUGUUCAGACGUCCACAAUGCAGAGUUCAUCCUGACCGGAGUCCUCACCCAGAAACUCAACUAUGAUUCAUAUCCUUUCAGCCAAUCAGAGCUCAAGACAAACAGGAGCCCUGCGCUUACAUGUAAAGAAAAUAUCACUACACAACAUGAUGUCAGCAGACAAAGUUAAGAGAGAUCUCACUCCUCAUCCACCGCGACUCUGGCUCAAUAGCCUGGUGUUUGAUUGGUGAAGAUCCCACAGGUAGGAAGGGGACGGGGUCAGUACCCUAUCAGUAAAUCAUCCAGAGUAGACUCCGAUAACAGAGAAGCAUUGAAGUAAGAACAAACUUUUGUUUUUCACUCAGUCACGCUGUGAGCAGAAGCCUCACUGAUUUUCAAAGAAAUCUCAGAUAUAUACCUCCGUGUAGUUACUGCUUUGAACAUAUCUCAGAAGGUAAUAAUCUCCCAGGAGAUAAUAAGAUGAUGUACAAGAGGUAUCAUUGUAGAAAGAAAUGUUUCAAAGCUUUUAUUUCCAUUUGAACAAAAAGUGGCAUGUCCAAAAUUAUUUAUACCCUUCUCAGUAAUCAAUAGAAAAUCCUUUAUUGGCUAUUACAGCCAUCAAGCGCUUCCUAUAAUUGCUGACCAGCUUUUUGCAUGUCUCCACUGGUAUUUUCGCCCGUUCAUCCUUAGCGAUGAGCUCCAACUCUUUCAGGUUGGAGGGCCUCCUUGCCAUCACCCUGAUCUUAAGCUCCCUCCACAGAUUCUCUAUUGGAUUCAAGUCAGGACUCUGGCUGGGCCACUGCAAAGCGUUCAUGUUUUUGUCUGCUAACCAUUUCUUUACUACUUUUGCUGUGUGUUUUGGGUUGUUGUCGUGCUGAAAUGUUCACUGGUUAGACCCUCCAGAAAAACGCACAAAUCCUUGAUCUUACGGGCUAAAAUCCUUGAUUUUGCAAUUGAAUAUGCAGGGUUUUUAAAUAAUUUUAUGUGGUUAAAUUGCGAAAAGUUGCAAAUUUUGCGACAAGUUGUGAAUUAUGCAAAGUUGCAAAGUAUGCAGGGAAAAAAACAAACAAGAUUAUUCUCCAACUCCCUGUUACAAGGCUACUACUGACUGAAAAAGAGACAUUUAAAAGACUAUAUGACAAACAAGCAUACUAGAACCAAGUUACUUCACAGAAGUUUUUUUUUUUUAUUGUAGCAACUUAAGCAUGGCUUAAACAUGGCCUUCUACCUGUGUGUGAAACAUCAAAAUUUAACAAUAAGUUUCACAAUCGGUCAUAAAAAACAUUAGCCUGGCUGGGCCAUCCUGUUGCGUGAAUCACUUGAUGUUCCUUCCCACAACUGGGAAGGAACAUCAAGUGAUUCACGCAACAGGAUGGCCCAGCCAGGCUAAAAAAACAUGGUAGAACAGACAAUCUGUUAUGCUACAAAAUUUUUAAAUACACAAAUGCAAAGCGCAAACUGACCAUUGAAUAGUUCAAUAAACGUAGGUAACACAAUACUGUAUUGCUAUGCAAAAAAAACAAAGUGCACAUAAUUUCGGACAUGCUACUUUUCAUUCAAAUGUAAAUAAAAGCUUUGAAAUAUUUCUUUCCACAAUGAUGCCGCUUGUACGUCAUCUUAUUAUCUUCUAGGAGAUGCCUGUGUCAUUUCCAGUUAAUAAAAAAACUUGCUGGUUGAAUAAAAGUAACUUUAAGUAAAAAUUUGCCAGGGGUAUGAAUAAUUUUGGGCUUGACUGUGUAUAUAUAUUUGUGUGUGUGUGUUGUAUAUCAUUAGUGGUUUUCUUUAACAGUCACACGUACAGGUUCACCUGAUGGAGCAGCGUGAUCAUGAUGAGACGAGGAGGAGGAGUGUACAGCUGUUUGCCUUUUCUAUCUUCAGUGUUUUUGUAGCUUUUUGUAACCGGUUUGAAUAAAUAAAUAUUGAGAUGGAUAAGGUUAUUUUUGUGAAAUAAAUGUUUAAAUUAAGGAGGAUUUUAACCUUUUUUUCCUGUCAUUCACAUAGA